AUGGUCGCUGACACCACAUACUAUGACGCACUGGGCGUCCAGCCUACGGCCACUGGUCUGGAAAUUAAGAAAGCAUACCGAAAAUUGGCAAUCACCCAUCAUCCUGACAAGAAUCCUGGUGAUGAGAACGCACACCAAAGAUUCCAAGAGAUUGGUGAAGCAUAUCAAGUCCUCAGUGAUGAGACCCUCCGAAAGCAAUACGAUGAGUUUGGAAAGGAUGAGGCAGUCCCAGGCAGCGGGUUCGAGGAUCCUUCGGAAUUCUUCUCGAUGAUCUUUGGCGGUGAUGCCUUUGUUGAUUACAUCGGCGAAAUCUCGCUCGUCAAGGACUUGACCACGACCAUGGAGAUCACGACCCGGAGUGAUGACUUAGCUGACGAAUAUGCCGCCGCCGAGGCCAGAGACAGCGCUGACGCCGCCGCUGCUGCUGAUAAAAAUGCCGCACCCGGUGCUCCCUCUGGUUCCACGCCCGCAGAGGCUACUGCAAUUGGUACCAAGCCCGACGAAACGCAGCCGUCGCAGAGCGGCACAAAUACGCCUCGCGGAAUUCCCACCCGACAGGCCCUUGAGUACCGCUCGGAGGAAGAUGCGCGCAUGUCAGCCGCUGGUGUGUCCGAAGCCGAGAAGGAACUGCGUAAAAAGGAAAAGAAGAAGGGUGGCUUGACUAAAGAGCAGCAAGACGAGCUGGCUGCAUUUGAGCGCGAGAGGAAGCGUAUCCGGGACGAGCGCGUCGACACUCUUGCCCGGAAGCUGGUGGACCGCAUCAGCGUCUGGACCGAGACCGACAAGGGCUCCGCUGUGACCAAGGCUUUCCAGGAAAAGAGCAGACUCGAAGCGGAGAAUUUGAAAAUGGAGUCUUUCGGAUUGGACAUUCUCCAUGCCAUUGGCCAGACCUAUGUCUCCAAGGGAACUUCAUUCCUCAAGUCUCAAAAAUUCCUCGGCAUCUCUGGCUUCUGGUCGCGACUCAAGGACAAGGGCACGCUGGCCAAGGAGACUUGGAACACCAUUUCGUCCGUCUUGGACGCGCAGUCAACCAUUGAGGAAGUGGCGAAGCUCGAGGAAAAGGGCGGCGACGACUGGACCACCGAGAAGAAGGCCGAGUAUCAGAAUAAGAUGACGGGUAAGAUUCUCGCGGCGGCAUGGCGCGGAAGCAAGUUUGAGUUCCAAGGUGUUCUCCGUGACGUCUGCGACAAGGUCCUCUACGACAAGAGCAUCAAGCUGGAAAAGCGGAUAGAGCGCGCCGAGGCUCUUGUGCUGUGCGGAAACAUUUAUCAGAAGGCUGAACGCGAUCCCGAUGAACAAGGAGAGUACAUGGCCUUUGAGCAGCUCGUCGCCGAAGCCGCUGCCAAGAAGGGCAAAGACGAGAAGAAGCCCAAGAAGGCCAAGAAGGAAGGCGAAUCCUCGCACCACAACCCUCUCCAUUUCUUUGGCGACCGAGGAGAAAAGGCCGAAAAGGGAGAGAAAUCCACUCCCACCUCUGGUUCCACUCCGACUCCCUAA